AUGGAUGAUCGUCGUGGACUUGAUCUGAAUGAAGUAGCAAUUGAGGCUUUGAGUGAUUCAGAAAAUUUGGAAAAGGGUGGUUUAUCUGGCAGUAAUGCAAGGAUGACAAGCAGCGGUGAUGUAAGAAAAGAAGCAGAUGGUAGUAAGCAUGCAAGCGGUAGCAACACAAAUGUAUCUGCUGAUACAAAAGCUGAAACUGGACAAACAUUGUCGAGUGAUGACUCAGAAGGUGGUGAUGAUGAUGAUGACGAAGAAGUCCAGUCAACACCAUGUAGUCAAACUAACAUCCAGACACCUUACCCAGGCAUGAUGUUUGAAUCUUGGGACGAGGCAAAGUUGCACUACAACAGAUAUGCUCAUCAAGUUGGUUUUUCCAUCAAGUGUAGUACAUCGAAGAACUCGACCAUUGAUGGACAGAAGGACAAGCAGCUUUUUGUUUGCAACAAGAGUGGGAAAAAUGAGGAUAUAAAUCAACUAGAUGUACCUCCAGUUAGGCAAAGGAACCGGAGCAUCACUAAGAAAACAGAAUGCAAGGCUCGUAUGAGAGUAAGAAGGAAAGGGAAGAAGUGGCAUGUAACAUACUUCAUUGAGGAGCACAAUCACAAAUUAAUAAAGAAAUUCUCGUUGAAGAAGUACUUAAGGUCUCAUAAAGGAAUUCCUAAGGAGGAAAAGGAUUUUGUAAGACUAUUGCGUAAGGUCAGUCUCUCAGCAGGAAGGAUCAUGCGAAUUAUGGUAGAAGUAUAUGGAGGUCUAGGCAAUGUUCCGUACGACAGUAAAGAUGUGAGCAACUUAAUGUCUAAGAUAGAUAACGAGCACUCACAUAAAGACAUGUCGCUGCUGUUAGCUCACUUUGCAAGGAUUAAGAAGGAUGAUCCUGAUUUCUACUUCAACUUACAUACUGAUCUUGCAGACAAGGUUGACCGCAUAUUCUGGGUGGAUGGAGCUGCUAUAGCUGCAUACAAAAACUAUAGCGACUGCUUGUCAUUUGACACUACCUACAUGACCAAUAUGUAUGGCAUGCCCUUUGCCCCAUUCGUUGGUAUUAACCGAUAUGGUCAAACUAUACAACUAGGCUGCGGUUUCCUUCGGAACGAGAAUGUUGAGAGUUUUGUAUGGCUUUUUGAGGAGUUUCUUGAAGCUAUGGGUGGCGUCCAACCGCAAAACAUCAUAACUGAUCAAGAUGCAGCCAUGCGAACUGCUAUUCUGGAAAAAUUUCCUGAUUGUUGUCACAGGAACUGUAGGUGGCACAUUAUGCAAAAUGCGCAACCUGUACUUGGUAAUUUCAUGUCUAAGCAUGAGGAUCUAAGGAAUGAAUUGAAUGAAAUUAUUGACUACAGCAUGUCAGUUGAGGAAUUUGAAGGUAGGUGGGCAGAUAUGAUAGCCAAACACAAUGUUGCGGACAACACAGAUUUGAGUGACCUCUAUCGUAUCAGACGUACAUUUGUCCCUGCCUACUUUAUGGACCGGUUCUUCCCGUUCCUACAGACUACUGCUCGCAGUGAGGGUUUCAAUGCUGUUUUGAAAAGGUACAUUGACCCGCACAAUAGCCUGCACAAUUUCUUUGAACAGUACUUGAAGUUGCAGGAAAAAAUUGAUGUAUCAGAGGACUCUGUUGAGUUUAAGGAUGAAGAUAAAACUGUUAGGGUCUGGGGAGAUUUCCCUCUGGAAGAGCAAGCUUUGAAUGUUUAUACACGACCCAUAUACUUACGUUUCCAUGCUGAGAUUCGGAAAGUGACAUCCUACAAUGUACAACAGCUUGAUGCAGAAAAAUUUGAUGUUGUUCCAAUUAAGCCUUCAGUCUUUGGUUAUGGGCGGAAAAGAUACAGGGUUGACGCUAACUUUGACGGCGUAAACUUACGAUUAUGGAGAGUACCCCAGGAAACAAUCGUGGUGGAAAAGAUGGAUUUGCCUCAAGUGCCAGCUGAUAGGAAAAUGAAUAACAAAGAAAGGCAGUUGCUACGGUAUGGAACGUUAUGCAAUGAUUUUACAAGUGUAGCCAAAAUUGCAUGUACUUCAGAGAAAGCAACAGCUGUAGCAGAUAAAUACAUCGCCGCUCUGGAGAAGGAGUUGAAAGCAAUGAAAGCUUCCGAUAGUGGUGAUCCUGGACAAGGAAGUUCUUCCAGAUUUGAUCAUGUUGAGGAUCCUGUGUACACUACCACUAAAGGGUGUCCAGGAGAAAAAAGAAAGAAAUCUGGUCUCCACUUGAAAUCUUCUAAAUCCGUGAAGUGCACUGUUUGUGGUUCUAUUCAUCACACUGCAGCUACAUGCCCCUCAAAGCUUACCCCAGGGCCAGAGCAAAAGGAAAUAGACUUUUUCCGUGACAUGGUGUAG